UCGGCUGGAGUUAUCGCGAGAUUUGCGGCAGUUCUCGCAUCACAGAUACCACCAACCUGCUAGCUACGAGCGACGAGUCCCCGCAUCUUUGGAUGUGACUUGAGGGUUUUCGUGGAUUUAACGUGUGAGACAGUGAAGAUAUCUGCAAAGAGACCUCGCUGGGCGUCUUUCGUGUGCUUUCUUUUACAUCCGCACAGUCGUCUUGAGUGCUGGUAGCUGCAGCUGGAUACGCUUGGUUGGCUCCAAUGUUUACACGUUAGCUGUUGAUGUUAGCUCAUAUCUCGUUACGCCGACAGCUUGUUUACAAACUGUUCGUGUCGUCGUACUAAUGCAGACUGGCUCCACGUUAUAAUGUCGUAGCUACUUAGCAUGGCAGCAUCUCAUGGCAGUUCAUAGAUGUCACAGCAGAGGAGCGUACAGCGGUAGCAGCCACAUCGUCCCACAACUGCCCGUGGAGGCCAGCCACAGGAGCAAACAGCGGUGUCAGUCUGUAGUUGACAUUAAAACAACACCGCUGAAACAAAGAGCCAUGGAGUCCGUGAGGAGUGCUUUCCACGCUCAGCUGGCCACCGUCAUGGACUCGCUGCUGGCAGCCGCCGUGUGCGAGAUCGCCAAGAUCUUCGAGAGCAGCCUGUGUGAGCAGCAGGCGGAGCUAGCGCAGAAGACCGAGGAGAUCUCCAUCCUGCGAGGGAAGCUGGAGAAAGGGGACAGGAGGCAGAAGGCGAAGGGUGGAGGUGGAGGUGGAGGUGGAGGGAGCGAAGAAGGAGAGAUGUCAUCAGGAGACAGGUCAGAGGUCAGCUUGAGGCAGCAGACCCUGACAGGAUCAGGACCGAAUGUGGGAAAGGAUGUGUCCUCUCAUUCAGACCCGGUCGAAGGACUCAGUCAGAGCCUCAGUGGGCUGAAAGAGGAGAUCACAGGCCAAGAUGGAGCUUUAGUAAAACAUGAGCGUGCUGGAUCACGACCUAUCCUGGGAUCUGCAGUCCAAGCCCCAGAGGGAAGCCUUGCUCCUGGGGAUCAGAGGCAGAUAGAUACCCUGUCUGCCACACAAGCCAAGACUAAAUUGUCUCAUUGGGAUCAGGGCAGUCGCAGUGCAGACCACAGAUCCCUUCAGAAUCAAGCCUCCGCCCCUUUUCUCUCCAUCUCCCAGAGUGGACGUUGCUCCCCCAGGCCUGAUCCAAGCCUAGCUCAGCCAGGUGAAUGGUUACCAGGGUUGGACAACACCCGUGGUGGGGUUGCUGGUCUGGAGAACCUGCAGGCAGAUGGUACUAGCUGCUCUGGUCCAGCUAGCAGCAGCACUGGCACAGACGCAUCCUGCUUCCGACCUGGUUUUGGCUCUGAUGAGACCAGCAAUGAAGAUGAUGAUAGUGCUUUCCCUUUCCUGGACCAGGAGCCUGAGAACCAGAACUCCAAUCAGAACUCAGUGCAGGGUCAGGCCGUGGGGCAAAGGGGAACUCGGCAGGUUCAACCCCAAGCCCCCUCUGGCGAAUUACCAUGGAGACCCAGAGAUGACAGAGGUGGGAGAGGACCCAUUAGUCACGCACGGCGGGUCACAUCUUUUGGCAACAGAGACCCUCUCCGACCGCAGUCCAAUUCACAGUCGCUCACCCUACGACACACAAACACUCUCAGCCACCCUGCGGCUCCUGGUGGAGGGAACGGACGACCUUACACCUGCCCAUACUGUACCAAGUGUUUUACCUACCCCUCCCACCAGCGCAGACACCUUUUACGACACACAGGAGUCAGACUGCAUCCCUGUCAGUUUUGUGACAAGAGCUUCCUCACUCCCUCUGAGCUCACUGUGCACACUCGCACACAUACGGGGGAGCGGCCUUUUGGCUGUGCUCAGUGUGGUAAACGUUUUGCGCGCAGUGGGAACUUGAGAGCCCACCAACGGGACGUUCACAUGGGGAAGAGGCCCUUUGCUUGCACAGAGUGUGGGAAGCGAUUUGCCCACAGGGGGAACCUGAGGGUGCACAAUCACAGAGUCCAUCAAGGAGAUCCAUACUACAUGGAUGAUCAGCAGGAGCCUGACAUGGGCCCUAAUCCUAUCUGAAGAGAUAAAAAAAAUGAUGGAUCUGCACUUUAAUUUUGUCUGCAAAAGAAACCUGAGAAACCAGUUCUGUUUGUCUUGGUAAAUUUGAUGUGAGGAAACCAUUAAAUCAUCAGAUUUUAUUAUAUAUUAUUAAUGAAGUACAUGGACGAAGUACAAUUCUGUUGCAUGUCCUAAUUUUAUUUUCAAAUAUGAUUCGAUGUCAGAAAUAUGAGUCACACUAAGACGGGAGAGAUAACUGUAUUGUAAAUGACCAGAUAUAAUCAUCCAUUAAUAGGAAAUAUUGGCUAUUGUUGUAAUGAAAAUGUUUUUUCGUCAGGGUAAGCCUCUUCCAAUGAUGUUCUUCCUUAUCAGUGAAAAGUUACUGAUCACGUUUCAUUACUUGAGGAGAAAGAACUACAAAAUGUUUGUCAUAAAACCAAGAAAGAAAAUCUAGUUGGUAUUAGAUAUAGACAUGUGGCAUGCAGAAGAAACGAUAGCAUGUCUCUUCCUUGACAAUUGUUCUUAUGUACCGCCCAUCUCCUCAAAGUUUAAGUUGACUGUGUUGUAAAAUGGAAACGUGCUGUUUAAGAUGAAGUGUGCUUUAAUUUUCCAUCCUGUUUUUGCAAAGUGAAAUUAAAAAAUAUACUCAUGUAUAAACUUUUUGUUCUCCCCUG